UCGUGUAUAUAUAGUACAAAUUAGAACUUGAGAUCAGAAAACAGAAAAAACAAAAUAUCAAUGGCUGGCUAUGGUGAUUACUUGCCAUUCUUGGCCAUGGUGCUUGUCCAAAUGAGCUAUGCAGGAAUGAACAUCAUUUCAAAGCUUGCUAUCGAAUCUGACAUGAACCCUCUUGUUCUUGUUGCUUAUCGCCAAGUUUUCGCCACCCUUUCCAUUGCCCCCUUUGCUUAUUGGAUGGAAUGGAAAACAAGACCCAGGAUCACAAUGCCUAUUCUUUUCCAGACUUUUCUAUGCUCUUUAACUGGGGCAACUGCAAAUCAGGUUUUCUAUUUUGUUGGUUUGAAGACUUCGACCCCAACCAUUGCAUGCGCAUUGACCAAUACACUUCCAGCAAUGACGUUUAUCCUUGCACUCAUUUUCAGACAAGAAUCUGCAAAAAUAAAGAGCAAACCAGGAUUGUCCAAGGUGAUGGGAACAGUUGUGUGUGUCUCUGGAGCCAUGCUGCUUUCAUUUUACCAUGGACACAUCAUUGGCUUAGGUGAGUCCAAAAUUCACUGGGCAUAUGCUCAGAGAAUGGGAGAGCAGGCAAAUUCCAGCUCCAAUGGAAGUUCCUUUGUGGGCCCCCUUUGUGUAAUCAUAAGCACCUUAGGUUGGGCAUUCUGGUUCAUAAUCCAAGCGAAAGUGGGGGAGAAUUUUCCAGCUCCUUAUACAAGCACCACAUUGAUGUGUUUGAUGGCCAGCUUUGAGUGUGGGAUCAUUGCUGUGAUUGCUGAUCACAAAGUUUCUGCUUGGUCAUUGAAAAAUCCCAUGCGGCUUAUUUCAGCCCUCUAUUGUGGAAUUUUGGGUUCUGCACUAGCUUUCUUCCUCUCUUCCUGGAGUAUUCAGAGAAAAGGCCCUCUUUACGUGUCGGUGUUCAGCCCCUUGCUCNUCAUUAUUGUGGCCAUUUCAAGUUGGGCUCUGCUUGAGGAGAAAUUAUACCUUGGAACUGCCAUAGGGUCGAUUUUGAUCGUUUGCGGGCUCUAUCUUGUUCUGUGGGGGAAAAACAAGGAGACGGAGGUUGAGAAGCCAACAAAAGAAACAGACACAACAAAGGCAGAUCAUGGCAAGGAGUAUGAGAGAAACGACUUGGAACUGCAGCUGCAAGUGCACUCGAAAAGCGACAGUGACGUUAUGGGAUGAUACAGAGGGUCAAACAGAACAGCAGCAAAGGCAAACUUCCCCUGUUGCAUUGAAUCUAUGCUGCCAUUUCAUUUUCUAUCUGAGGUCACUUCAUGAACCUCCCAGAUAAAUGUAAUAUUAGAUUGGCCAACAAGGACCAGUUGUUGCUUUCUUUUGAGCUGCAUUUGGAAGUUUCUUCUAGCAAAAAUGACUCCAAAUUUCAUGUCAUAUUUGUGUUUAUC